UUCAAGAAAAGAAAUACAAAUUUAGAAACUGGUCAUUCAAAUUGGAUAAUUUUGGAACUUAUUAAAAAAAAUAUUCAAAAUAGACGUGAUUAUACUAAAAGAAAAGAAAAGAAAAGAGCCAAUAAAAUUGAUAAUGAUGAUGUUUCUGGUGGUAACUUUGCUCCUGGUGGUAACUCCGCUCUUAAUGGUGAUAAUUCUGCUCCUAACAGUGGUGAUUCUGCUGUUUCUGGUGGUAAUAAAAUUUAA